AUGUCUGCAGCCAAGGUCCAGCAGCAGCCGCUGUACAAGGUGUAUGAGCCGGACUAUCAUCCCCAGCGAACAAUCAUAGUGGACGACGACCACGUCGAAUCGCCCGAGACGCUCACGCUUCGACUCGAGGAGGAAGCCCGCGCAGGCGACCUCGGGGGGUGCCCCCCUGGCCUGCUGCCCAUGUCUGCGUACAAGGCCCAGUCCCAGCUGCACGGAUAUGCAGAUUCGCAGUAUUCUCAGUACUCUCAGUCCUUCUCGGCCCAGGAGAAUGGCUCGCAGAUCAACCAGAUGGCCUUUGCGGCCAACAGUGCGACCAGCCAGUAUCUUGCCCCGGUCGCCCCAUUGAGCGUUAAUGUUCUUUCUUGUCUGCCGAGCUCCGGCAGUGCCGGCACCAAGGUCACGGUACGGCUAACGUGUGAUUACGAUCUCGUCGGCAGCACGCUCAACACGUCUACGACGUUUGCAUCGCUGUACUUUGGCUCCCAAAAGUGCAGCACCCAUGUGGUGAGGGAGUCGCGCGAGGGCAACGGUCUCUGCACCUACGCGGUCACCGCCGACGCCCCGCAGUUCCUGAGCACAGCCUGUCCAUCGCUGAGCAACGUGCCGGUAUCGUUGCUUUUAGAGAGCUCCAGCGGCGAGGUGCUCGCUCGAGCGACAAAUAUCGGUGUCUUUUCUUACAACACAGCACCGAGCGGUGCGUCGGAUGGCAGCAGCCCCCCUGAGUUGGGAUCCCCAAAAGCAAGGACUUCAGGGGCUAGAGCUAGCCCGCAGCAUCAAGACUCACAAGCACCGCCCAAGAGUGCCAGUCCACUUGUUCAGCACGGCGUACUGCCCGAGGACUCGAGUGCUGGCGCCUACUCUUUCUCGCCAAGCGUAUCUACUCCUAGCACGGCACAGGUUCAGCCCCAAGCCCAGGUACACUCCGAGUUUUCAGCAACGUCUUCUGCAUACCAGAGCAGCUCGAGUAUGCUUCCGUCUUAUCGCACUCCUUCUUAUACUGACCACUGCUCGCGCGCUCCUCCCGUUCUGCGCUCGCCACAGCCUGCUGGAUGGAUGUACGGCAGUCAAAUGGACGCCCUUCGCGGGUCGACUGGCUCCUCACUCAGUCACAGUAUCCACGCCCCUCUGUCUAGGCCACCGCUGACAUCGAUGCAACAUACAAGCCCCCAAACCCCUCAGCUGAUCCGCACUAGCACGUUGACUCAGCCAACCGGAUAUGGGGGUUACGGAGUAUACCACGAGAAGGCUACUCUCAAGAUCCUCGGCGAUUUGUCGACGAUGGCAGAGGGCUGGACGCACGAGGAGUGGGAGAACAAGCGUCGGCUGGUGUUGUUUCGCAAACAACAGCAGGGCAACGUUUUGACAGUCAGCUUCAAGGCAGUCAGCCCGGCCGACCGUCCACCCCACAGCAUUUGCAUCAGCUGCAUCUGGUGGGAGGAGAAGCAGGCUUGCUUUGUUACAUCAGUCGACACGAUUCACUUACUUGAACAGCUGCUCGCUGCGCCCAACCGCUUUGGUGUCGACGAGAAGAACCGUAUCCGCCGAAACCUUGAAGGCUUUCGCCCGGCCACUGUCAGCAAGUCAAGGCCUGAGAGCGAAGAAUUCUUCAAGGUCAUCAUGGGCUUUGGAAACCCCAAACCUCGCAACAUCGAGAAGGACGUUAAGGUAUUUCAGUGGAAGGACUUAGCUGGAGCUCUACACAAAAUCAUCUCCAAGUACAGCGCCUCUACCGGGCCCAUUAUUCCUCCUGGCUCAGCGCAUGGAUCGAUGCCUGGACCGUACUCCGGGCUUCCCCCGACGCCCGUCUCGUCGACUUCGACAGCCACUACAGAUCCUUCAGGCUAUGGACAUCACGAUUCUCUCACAAGUCCCCGCUCUCUGGCCGGUACGUCAUCCACGUGGCCUCCGGCUUAUGGCCCGGCACCGAAGCUUAAGCCAAACUCACCGGUCGCUGGAAGCAGCCUGCGUAUGUCAUCGCUGCCGGUCGUCUACGAUCAUCGAACUACCCACAGCCUGCCAUCUCCCUAUGGCCUGCCUGCUCCUGUGCCGCACAGUUCGCACAGCCAAAGCGGUCAGGAAGCGGACAUCAUGCACACAGUCACGUUUAUGGGGACUAUUCUGACGGUGCGCAACGUUCGUGAAACCUUGAUUUGA